AUGCAGUCACUCGAUCAACUGGAGACCACCAUCCAAGAUCUCGUCAACACCGCCAAAGAUCUCAUCCAACAUUCGCGUGAGAUCGACCUUGUUCUUGGCUCUGCACCACAUGUGCGUGCGCGUGAUGUGGACCGCGAUCGACGCAAGGUUCUCGCCAUUGCGACGCAGAUUCAAACCUUAUUAACAAGCCCUAACGACUUGAUUCGGCGUUUGGCAGUACAUAAUCAGCUGCUUGCAUGCUUGCAGUGGCUUGGCGAGUUCCAAGUGCUUGCUUGCAUCCCGCUGGUCGGCAGUGUCGCCGCGAGAGAUGUGGCUGACCUCGCGGGUGUGCCUGAGGGCCAACUACUGCGCAUCGUGCGCAUGACCGCCACAGCGGGCUUUCUAAAAGAGUCUCAGCCAGGCUUCUUGGCUCAUACCUCUCUAUCAGCGCCCUUUGUCACCAAGCUUGUCUACCUGGACGCAGCAAUGUUUUUGGCGCAAACAGCUGCGCCAGCGGCCUCAAUGAUGACAGCCGCGACAAAGAGGUCCCAGCAAGACCAUGGGGAGGAGACAGCCUUGAAUCUCGCUCUCGGAACUCCAGGGACACGUGAGACGUUCCAGUCAAUGAGGAGGAACAAGCCGAAGUUGCAGCGGCAAUGGCUUGCUCAUCUCCAGUGCCAAGCGGACCCUGAUGGCUGUAUUGUUGAAUUGCUUGCUCAAUUGGACUGGCAAAGUCUUCAGAAUGCCUACGUUGUUGAUGUAUCUGCCAAGUCAUUAGCAUUAGCUCAAGCAUUUGCCGAGCGGUAUCCGUCAGUGCACUUCAUUGUGCAGGUGGACCAGCAGGCCCAUCAGAUGUUGGAGCAGGGGAAAGCACAGAGACGAGGUUCAUCAUUCGGCAUCAGUGACAUAGACUCGCGGAUCACACUGCAAACAAGAUCGCCAGGGUCUCUACAGACAGUCAAAGGGGCGGCGGCAUACGUCCUCAAUAUGGCAAGCUGCUCGACCAAGAGCAAGCUCCGUUCGUGGAUUCUGACGGAACUAGAGGCGCAUCUCGCCAUGCUCCGCAGCAACGACUCGGUCAUGGUCCUUGUGGCGCCGCACCUAAUACCGGAGGCAGGCAGCACACAGGCAGACGUCGAGGCCGCCGCUCGCGCACACAACCUGUUGCUGCUCCAAUUCGCCAAUGAGCAGGAGACAGAAGUGACUGAGUUGAUCAGCUUGAUUAAGCCUGCUGAAGGGGCUCAGCGACAGCCUGCGAUUGGAUACAAACUGCAACUGAUAGGCAAGCAAGGUCAGCGACCGCUGCCUAGGAUUGUCGGAGAAGCCUAG